AUGAUGGGUUUUAAGUUAUUGUGCAUUUAUGUUGUGUUUUUGUUAUCAUUAUUAUCAACUUGUUAUGCACAAUUUAAUCCUACUGAUAAAUACUCUAUAGAUUGUGGAUCUGCAAGUAAUACAACAAUUGGAAAUAGAAUAUUUUUGUCAGAUAAUUUAGCUUCAAGUUAUCUUUCAACUCCCCAAACUGUAUUAGUUGAUACUUCUGCUAAUUCAAUACCAUCAUCAGAAUACUCACAAUUAUAUAGAACUGCAAGAAUCUUUACACAAACAUCUACAUACACUUUCAAAAUCAGUCAGUCGGGUCGCCACUGGAUCCGGCUGUUUUUCUUUCCAUUUUCGGCUAGUAAUUAUGAUUUGACUACUGCAUCUUUCUCUGUUUCCACCCGAGAUCAUGCUUUGUUGAGUGAUUUUAAGUCGAAUGGUAGUUCUGUUAAGGAGUAUUCUUUGAAUCUUACAUCUGGUGAUCUUGAAAUCACUUUUACGCCUUCAGGAAGCUCGUUCGCUUUCUUGAAUGGUUUGGAAGUUGUUUCGGUCCCAGAUGAGUUGAUCCAAGAUGAUGCUAUGUCUGUGACUCCUCCCGCGAGUUUUCGUGGCCUGUUGAAUCAGGCCAUGGAAACCGUGGCCAGGGUUAACAUGGGUGGACCCAUGGUCACAUCUAGAAAUGACUCCUUGUGGAGAACUUGGGUUCCUGAUUCGGGUUUUUUGAAAAACCCAAAUUUUGUCAGUAAUGUGACGAAUCCUAGCGCAGUUAGGUAUCCGCCGGGGGGUGCUACAGAGGAGGAUGCUCCUAGGAGUGUUUAUGGUACUGUAGCUAGAAUGAAGUCGGAAAAUGACUCGAGUAGUAACUUCAAUGUGACUUGGGAGUUUCCAGUGGAUAGGGGUUUUCAGUACCUUAUUAGGUUUCAUUUUUGUGAUAUUGUGAGUGCGUCGCCUGGUGAUCUUUACUUCAAUGUUUAUGUGCAAGAUUCGAGUGUUUUGAAAGAUUUUGAUCUGACUCAAAAGGUGAAUGGAUUCUUAGCAACUGCUUAUUUUGCUGAUUUUGUGACACAGUCUAUUACCAGCAAUCAAAUUCGGAUUAGUAUUGGGCCAUCUGAUGUAAAAGAUGCUUACCCGAAUGCUAUUUUGAAUGGUGUUGAGAUUAUGAAGAUGAAUAAUUCGGAUGGAAGUCUUUCUGGGAAAGAUGUUCCGCCUUCAAGCAAACACACGAAAAGCAAAGUAGGUGUGAUUGUAGGAGUGGUUGUUGGCGUGAUCGUGACUAUAUUGUUGGCUUUCGUGUUGAUCUGUGUGUAUAAACGUCGAAAACAAGAACGACUUAAUCAAUCAAAGAUCUGGAUUCCAUUAUCCACGAACGGGUAUUCACAGACGAUGGGAAGCAAAUGUUCUAAUGGGACUACGAUCAGUGCAGGUUCGAAUUUCAAUUAUCGGUGUCCAUUUGCAGCUAUUCAAGAAGCCACAAACAACUUUGAUGAAAGUGGGGUGAUUGGAAUUGGUGGUUUUGGUAAAGUAUAUAAAGGCGUUUUAAGUGAUGGAACCAAAGUCGCUGUAAAGAGAGGUAACCCGAAAUCGCAACAAGGUUUAGCUGAGUUUCAAACAGAAAUCGAGAUGCUUUCACAGUUUCGCCAUCGUCAUUUGGUGUCCCUGAUUGGUUAUUGUGACGAAAAGAGUGAAAUGAUUCUGAUAUAUGAGUAUAUGGAAAACGGGACCUUAAAGAGUCAUCUUUACGGGUCAACGUUUCCCAGUAUGAGUUGGAAGCAACGCCUUGAAAUCUGCAUAGGUGCAGCCCGUGGGCUACAUUAUCUUCACACGGGUUAUUCAAAAGCUGUUAUCCAUCGUGAUGUGAAGUCAGCUAACAUAUUACUUGAUGAAAAUCUCAUGGCUAAAGUUGCUGAUUUUGGGCUGUCAAAGACCGGGCCUGAGCUUGACCAGACCCAUGUGAGUACUGCAGUCAAAGGGAGUUUUGGGUACUUAGAUCCAGAGUACUUUAGACGACAACAGCUGACUGAGAAAUCCGAUGUGUAUUCAUUUGGCGUCGUUUUGUUUGAAGUUUUAUGUGCACGACCUGUAAUCGACCCAUCUCUUCCUCGAGAAAAGGUGAACUUAGCCGAAUGGGCUAUGAUAUGGCAGAAAAAGGGGCAACUGGAGCAAAUAAUCGAUGUUAAUCUAAAGGGAAAAAUCCGGCCAGAUUCUCUUAGAAAGUUUGGUGAAACCGCUGAGAAAUGUUUAGCAGAUUUUGGGGUUGACCGGCCUUCCAUGGGCGAUGUUUUGUGGAAUCUUGAAUAUGUACUUCAACUUCAAGAAGCGGUUAUACAAAACGACCCGGAUGAGAACAGUACAAAUGUGAUUGGGGAAUUGUCUCCACAGAUUCAUGAUUUUAGCCAUGGAGGGGACGAUAACACCAAUACUGGUGUUGGUCAGUUUGAAAUGUCGAGUGGAGAUGACAUUUCGGGCGUUUCAAUGAGCAAGGUUUUCUCACAGUUGGUGAAAUCGGAAGGUAGAUGAACAAAACAGGCGAAAUUCCGGGUGUUUACAGAUCAGGUUAAUGCAUUAUUUGGUUUAUUUCAUACUAUAGUUUGAAGGACAAGGACUUGGUGUUCUAUAUGUAGCUUUUUUUUUUUCUUCUAUAUGCUUUGAUAAAAAUGAUGUAAUGUAAUUUGUAUAACUUAUUUGUUUAUUUAAUCUGUUUUAUGUUGAGUAUUUGAAACCAUAAAAGUAUGGACACAUGAUUUGUGUUUCAAUUUUCAA